AUGUCCUUGCCGGGCGCGUGAGCUUUUUUCCCGCUCAGUGUUUGUGGAAAAAAACAGGCGCUUUAAAACAAGUGCUCCUGAACUUAGUUUAACCGCUCAAUAUUCGCUUCUGUUCUUCUUAUUAUUUAGGAAUGUAAUUGGUUGAAGUAUUUUAAAUAGAUAUCUAGGAUGGUUGCGGGUUUACUUUAAGAGCAGGAUAACGUUAACGCGCCUGUCAGACCUGAGGUUUAUAAAAUUCAUGGUCUGCUUGUAAAUAUGCUCAUUGAAUAAGCAAUACUUCUUGGUAACAUUCAGAUGUGAUGGCACCUCAUCAGGAUAUACAGGUGGAGGAACUGGUAGAUCAGGCUUUGAAACACAACUUCAGGGCUUUGGAGGAGUUUUUACUAAAUGAGACCAGAAAAGGGGUUACUUCAAAAUGCUCCAAACAGUUCAUCUCAAAACUGGACAAACUAAUUAACAGGGAACUGGACCAGCAGAAUGUGAAGAAUGCUUCUGUGGCAUUUACCAUCUUUCACAAAUUGGGGAAGACACUGGUCUUUCCAGGUGGUGGUGGUAUAUCACUGAUGGUGUCACAAGGACUUGUGAGAAAGGUGGUACAGUGGUUUGGGAAAGCCAGAAAGUUAUGGGUUGAAGCUGGACCGACGAGGAACGAGCUGCUUGUAAACUUAGCUGAAGACUUCUUUGAUGCAUUGAUAGUCAUUCAUGAAAGUUGUAAAGACGGUACUUACCAAGUAACAGAAUCCCUGCUCCAUCACAUUGGCAAGUUGGCCUCUGAUCCCAAGGUUAACAUUCUAAUCCAAAAAGAGGCGGUGAGGAAACUGAAUAUGAUCUUAGGAAAGAUCCCAUUAGAACUGAAGAAAGAGAAAAAGAUCUUGUCAUCACAAGAGGCAUCAAGCGUCAUGAAUGAUUUGGCUAGUCGAAUGCUGAAAGGAGGAGAUUAUGAUCUCCAGGUGGCUUUGAUGGAGGCUCUGUGUAGAAUGACUUCCCAUGCCCAGCGGAGGGAACUGGCUGAUCAGUGGUUCAGCAUGGAAUUUGUUGCCUCUGCAUUCACCAAGAUUCAGGACUCAGAGUUUGAGACUGAUUGCAGAAAAUUUCUAAAUCUAGUAAAUGGAAUGCAAGGUGAUGAUCGAAGUGUGUACUCCUAUCCUUGUCUGGAGGUGUUUUUGGAUAAGCAUGUAUUGCUCAUGCCUGUGGAUGAGAACCUUGACGAGUUCUGGAUUGACUUUAAUCUAGGAAGCAAGAGCAUCUCCUUCUAUUUCUGUCUUGCUGAUGAUGACGCAAAGGAGAGCCAAUGGGACACUCUAUGCAUAACAGAAAAUGAAGUCCACAGUUAUACAGUGGAAGAGGAGAAAGGUGUAAAAGUGCUGCAGCUGGUUUUAACUGAGCCAGUGUGCCUGAGCAGUAUUGAGGGCACCAGACUCACUAUCCACUUCAGUUCCUCCUUAGACAUCCUCAAGCCCACCAAGAACGUCUAUGGAGAAACCAAGAAUAAAAAGUUUAUUGGAAAGACCACCACAUCUGUGGUAAAAACCACUGUUCAAAUAAUUCUGGAUGAAGGAAGUUCACAGGUUCUUUUUCCUGAGAGUCAGGGCUCCUCUCAGCGCAUGGGAAAAAUCGUACCUUCUUCAGUGAGGAGUCAGUCGCUGAGAUGCCUUGAGAGAGAUGCCCAACACAUCAGCCAGCAGAUGAUAACCCCAUUAAGGAGUAAGGUGUCAGAGUCAUGUAUGUAUGUCUCUGGAAGUGCAGGACGUAAACUUGGCAGAAGCCUGUUCAGCUGCGUGUUGCCUGCAUCUGCCCCAGGGAAGGCAAAGGUGAAACCAGCCCUAGAGAUGGUAGCCUCCUCAAAGAAGAGGAAAGCAUUUGAAUCGAAAGAGCUGUUAACUGCCAAAUUAUCUCACAGUGUGCAGUCAGUUAGUUUGGAAAAGGAAAGCACAAGAAAACAGUCAGUUCCAGCUCUACAGUGCCCAGAGAUACAACAGAGCCAGGAAGGUCAACAAGUGAUGGAAAAAUACCACCGGCACAUUCCUGUAGAGAAAGUAGCGAAAAUGGUGCAAGUUGACCAAGAGUCCCAGGAAGAGCCUUUGGAUAACAGUAUAGUACUGGACACCCAGCCAGCUGUGUGGAAAGAAACCUCUAUAUUACCAAGUCCUAGCAGCUUUAACCAAAAGAGAAUUUCUGUGUCUGGAUCAUUAUUCCCAUGUCAACCUGAACCUUCACAUCAGUCCAAAUCAGAACCUCCACAGCACCCAUUGUCAGCCCAGUGCAGCUUUGGAGGACUGAGCCACAAACAGCUUCAUGCUCAGCUCACUCAAAGACUGGAGCAAGUACUGAGAGAGCGUGAGCAGCAGGAGCAAAACCAAGCAGAGCUUAGGGCUGCUGGAAAAGAGGCUGGACUUGUGAAAAAGCCACAGAGACCAACCCAAACUAAACUUGGUACAACUCAACAGAGUGGAUGGGCUAAGGGCAACAGGGCUGACAUGACCAACAAUAUGAAGACAAAGAAAGCAGCUGAGAGCAUGGUGAAGCAGAUAAAUAGCCAUUAUAAAAGCACCACCUGUAGUACAACAGCACAGGAGCAUGUCUCCCGUAGAUACAUUUUCAACAAGAGUUGGUGUCCAGAUUCAGUUGCCAAGAUCUCUGCUAAUACACCUGGACUUCUGAAGUCAUCUUCAUAUCAAUCUAAGAAGCCAUCAGAUCAGAUCAAGGAUGUUUAUGCAUUCAGUGUGGAUGUGUCAGAGCUCAGUGAGAAAAUAAAUAAGAGGUCUACUGAAACGUCUGCAAUGGAAAGCAGCAGUUCCCUGAUUCUUCCUAGCAUCUCUAAGAAGUGUCCUCCUAUGAAGCCUCCUGCUCGUAAUGUGAAGAAGCAUCUGUUCAGUGACACUGAUACUGACAAUUUGACUGAAAUUAGCUGGACAAAAUCAACCAACAGGAGACCUAAGCCUAAAGUAGCAGACUACACGAGACAGCCAGUUAAGCCCACUCAUUCUCCUGCGAACCUCACAUUUGAAACUCCAAACAUACACAUUCCCUCACCAAAGGCUGCAAAAGCAUUGCCUAAAUCAAAGAGGAAAAGGCAGAAGAAGGUGGUAGAAGAAAAGCAUAAGAAAAGCAAGGAUGUUGCGAGCAGAAAACCCACAGACAGGCCCCAAAGAACCUCAGUUCUGACCAAAUCCUACAGAGAGUUGUCUGACUCUGGGAGUGAAUCAGAUACCAAUGAACCACCUCCAGCAAAGAUGUUUAUCAUCAAAAAGCCAGAAAAGCCUCAGAUUACAGCUUCAGUUCAGAACAGGGCUGCUGUAGUCAAACCACCUGUCAAAAAAACCUGUCAACUCAGGUCAACGACAGUCCAUAAGGCAGUGAAGGAGAAACAGGAAAAAGAAUUAUCUAAUCAUGAAAACUCAAAGCAAAAGAAGAUGAUUGCUGCUGUUCUGGAGUCCACCAAAGGACAGGAAAAUGUUUUGGCCCGUAAAAUUGCUCCUUUCUGUUCUUCUCUCCGCUCUAACAUAAUUCAGUCGGCAGAGAAGAGUACAGCCACGCUGACAUCUGCUCUUGCACCAGUGGGUCCUAUGUUUAAGAAGUCUCAGGUGCUUCAGACUUCUUCAGUCCAAGCCACGGGGCAAGAAGGAAAGGUAAAUGGCAUAACUAAGAAAGCUAAGAAAGAGAACGAACAACCAGGAAAAAACACAACACAUUCAGUGACAGGCAGCAAGUUUAUGGAGGAGAGAGAGGUCAGCGAAGUAUUGGGUUCUGAACAGUCAAAAAACAGGAAGAAUUUGCUUUCUCCAGCAUCAACAAAAGAAUCUUGGGCCUCCAAAUACACUUCUUUCUGCAUUUCGCCAUUCUCCAUUGAGAAGAUAAGAACUGCAGAGGAAAAUGCAUCCUUAUCCAGAUCUCCUCUGACACCCCUCAAACCAUUGUGCAUCUCUCCUGUUGGUGCCAUCUCUCCUCCCCUGGAGUUGCCUAGCCAUCUGAGAGGGAUCCAAGCAUCCUCCUUCUAUAAGACUUCAGGAGGACGGGAUAGUGCCACACGUCUUCCUCACCCUUUUGUAACCCCUGUGGCUCAAGAGCAGCUAUCCAUCCACCCCCUAAUUGCCUCCACUGGUAGGGAGAAAUGUUCAUCUCUGCUCAACUCUGCAGACCUAGAAGAAGAUCUUGGGGGCUUUCUAAGCAGCACCAGCCAAAGAGUCCUGCAGGCAUGCUUCGACAAAGAGUCUGUCAUCUCUUUGGUGACACUAAGCCAAUCAUCACACACAUCUGUGAACAAUAGAGCUAUGAUCUGCACUGAACUUGAGAAAACACCUGUAUCUGUUCAGGGAAGCAGUGUUGGAAAAGCAGAAUCAGGUCCAGCAACCAGUCGCACUCGGCCCAGCUCAUGCAAUUCCAUAAGUCUGCAUGAACAAGACUACAGUGAAGACGAAGACACGUGGACUAAAGCUGGGCCCAGUGAAUUCGCUGUUAGAAUGAAGCCGAGAGAGCUGUUCAAAUCUAAUGUCAAGCAAUGGUAUAAGAAAAAAGGCUCUAAACAACCCAUGCAAGUUGACAGCAGCGCUGAGGAAGGGGAGAAAAAGAAUGUAUCAGUAGUUGCUGAAGAUAUGGAGGUGCGGUCCACAGUGGUGUCGAGCUGUUGGGAGGCAAGUGUGGAGACAGAUAUGGAUCAGCAUGAAGUGAGCACAUCUCAGGAGAUGGGCUAUGUCUGCCACCAGUUCAGCUCUGAACUUAAGAGAAAAUUUGAGAACCGCUCAAGGAGAAUGGAUCUCUUCACCAAGCAGUCCCUAAAAGCCUGCAAGCAACAUGUUUCCACUGUAACCAUGAAAGUGCAACAGUACAGGUCUCAGAGGCUGGAGACAGUUAAACGAGUUCUAUUGGAUGAAAUUAAAAACUUGGAACAAGAUGAUACAUCUCUGCGAAACAUGGAAGCGGAGCUGACCGCUUACUGGAAGAAGCAAGCCGUGGCUUUCCAUGCUUACCAGGAAGGAGGAACCCAAAGGCUAAAACAUUUAAAAAGCACAAUUGAAACAAAUAUAUGCGGAAACCUGGACUACGAGGAGCAGAUCUUUUUUUCACAGAUGCAUUUGAUGAAGAAAGACAUGAAAUCUGUUCAGGAUCACUUAUUCAGACAGAUGCAUGAGGAAGAACUGCAAAGUGUACGUAGAGGACUACAGACCUUGUUCCUUUCAGACAGAGGACUUAGUUACAAGUAAUAUUCAAGAUGUUUUAAAUGCACGUUCUUAUUUUUCAGCAAUAUAGGUUCACUAUCAUUUUAAAUCACAAUACUAUUUAAAAUGUUGAGUAUUACUUUGAUUUCGUAAUUUAUUUGUUAGGGUCCGGUUGGACAGAGUUGUAGUUUUAACUCUCUGAAACAUGGUGAUUUUUAAGUACUAAUAAUGAAUAGCUGUAGAAAUAAAAACAUCUUUAGAAAGAGACAGUUGUAAAAACAUAUAAAAUGUAAUAAUAAUAAUAAUAAUAAUAAUAAUAUAUUUAAAAAAAUUAUUCAUGAAUAAAUGUUACCCCUGACACUUGCAUUCACUCGCCAAAGGUAUGUUUACUGGUCAGUUACUAAAUAAAACAACAAAACAUAUAUACACAGCAGUAAUGCAUGACAGGAAUGGGAAUCUUUUUUUCACUACAGAUCGAAAUG